AUGUAUUCAGAGCAAAGCCAUACUCUGCCAGAAGCAGCCAUCCAAACAUCAGCCCCUCCUCCUCUGUUAGCCUCCAGUACCUUUGUAAACCAGCCUCCCAGUCAGUCCCUGCUGAAUAAUCUACCUGCACAGGCCAUCAACGUCACAAUACCUGCAGAGGAUGAUGAGGACUGGCCCCCUCCUCCCCCUCCUGUAACAGACGAGUUCAUUGAGGAAAGUCGGCCACUGCCCCCAGAGAAGUUAGUGUCUGAACUUACAGAGCUGCUGAGGGAUAUGAGAACAUCAUCACAAGAGCAGCCAAGGUACAUUUCACCUCAUCACCCCCCUCAAGCGCGGACACCCGAGUACUGCACUCCCUUCACUCCACCCAGAUCAGAAAUCGGCAUGGGUCAAAGCAAACAGAAGAUUCUGGCGCUGUGGACGCUCACACCAGUCUGCCCAAUGUCGCUUGAAGGUCGCAUGCCCAAAGUGUAA